GUGGACUAUGUGUAUAGGGGACAUCCGCAAUCAGAAGAAAUUUGUCCAGGAGCGAUGUGCACAACGUCCCCUACUUCUCAGUGGUCGAGUCCAAAUGCGGAAGUGCCGACGUUAUUGUUCCCAGGUGUGCUGUAGCCAGUCUUGCGGAACAGGGCUGUACAUCAACAUGGCUGACAACGACUUCCGGUGGGGUCAGAGGACGUACACUUUGCGGGAGUUCUUGGACAGUUUCACCUUACCCAGGAUGGUCAAGGUCACAGCAGGGCAUUAUGGGAACACCGAAGUGGAGUCACUAGCAGCUGGCCAGAUCGUCCGGAUCCACAGACAGGUCAGGCAGCUGAGGGUGAUCGCAGAGGACAGACACGGUCGCCGCCUCAGCAUCCCUGCCGACCGGAAGGGAACGGCUUUGUUUGACGUCAUAUCUGGCAGCGGAAAUGAGGAAUUUCGACAAGACAUCGUGCACAUCCUGCAGACGUACCGGCUGCCGCUGCGGGCGCAGUUCUCUCGGGAGAUCGGCUUGAGGAGUACGGACCGGCACGGCGUGCAGAAGUUCGGGGAGCUGAAUCUGCUGGAGACGUACGAGGAGACAUACCUGCAGGGGAACUCUUACACAGGCAACACGUUGGUUGAAACCGUCCUGCUGAUCCCCAUGUACCUGACCCUGCGGGUCGCGGUGGCUGACGGGCUGCAGCGGGGCGGGGACAGUGACUGGUCCAGUCUGUGCCAGGCUCUCUCCGACAUCACCGCAAACACCGUCAGCUUCGAUGACGUCGUCGGGAAUGAAGACGUCUCUCUGUACACGAAGACGUCAGUGGAAGAACAUAACAACAUUUACGAUGAGAUAGAGCCAGCCCGCAUACUUAAAGUCUACGCCAUGAGGGAUCCCAUGUCUUCUGACGUACUUGAUAUGGGGAAGACGUACGCACCGCUUCCUCCUGCUCCUGAUGAGAAGGAGAGGAAGAAGGGUCCCCCUCCUGUACCAGUCAAACCAAAGAGCUUAAGAAGGCCGCCGGCUGGAUUCCCACUGCCCGGGCUGACAUCACAAGCAAUGAAAGGCGACAACACACAACAGGGCAGAUCACAGGUACAGCACCAGUCUGCCGUAGAUAAGCCAUCGGCGGACUCCUACCAGACCCUGACGUUUGGCCCUGGUGAGACGUGUUACCAGGGCCUGUAUAUGGAGGCAGGGGAGGAGGCGGCCAGCACACACAGAACAGGGAACAUGCCCAGAGCCAUGACAGCACCUGUGACGCCACGGGGUGAUAAAGAUCGCAAAGAAGUUCCGUACGCGUCCAGAAAGUCGCUGCCCCCUACGCCCGCAGGAGGGGUGCCCACGGCCGUGGUCUUCGCCUCCCCCGCCGUCACAAAGAAGGAUGAAACCACCGGUACCAAGGUGCACAUUGCUAAAACAGAGCCAGCACAAGGAGCUGCUGAUCCCAGCAGUACCGCUAGAGGGCGCUCCAGUCCCACUAGAGAACAACUGGGCGUCUUCAUCGAAACGUUCAGCGACAUCCCGAAGGACGUGAGGACCCUUAACAUCGCACAGAUGGCGGACUGCCUCCGUCUCUUAAAGCUUGAUAAGUACAUCGCGACGUUUGAGGAGAACAUGGUUGACGGGGACCUGCUGAUGGACCUGGACAGGGACAUGAUGCGGGCUGACCUCCACAUGUCACCUCUCGACUGUGUCAAACUUAUCAAGUUCAGGGACGAAGGUUGGCGCCCAAAGGACCAAUGAACAGGCAUUAGUGAUACGCAUUUCUGCAUGAAUGAAAGACCUUUAUUGUGCAUUUAUGGCUUGAUGGGCUGAGUACAGGACUUCUAUCGCAUGAAGCCAGUAUUAGAAGCCAUGUUCAGCCGAGUGAAAUAUGGUGUACUUUAGGUAAGGACGCUAGGUGACGCUUUUAGUCACGACGUCGUUGUCGACGUCAAACGAUCGAGCUAAACAUGUGACAGCUACGUUUUGCGGACAAAGAAUCACUUAAAAGCUUCGAAUUCCAGAUUACAAUAAGUUCGCGCUUCUAGUACUAAAGGAAGGGCAAAUUAAACUACAAUUCCAGUCCGACAUGUGAUAGCAAAACGGAAUACAAUGGGAUCGAGAAAAGUGUGACAAAAUGUAUGACAAAAAGGCUGCAAAAGAAUCCGCACAAACGCAUCAUGCAUAUACUGAAGGCUGAAACACAGUUUACACGGAUCGUGAAAGCGGUGAGUUAUUUAAUAAAGCCGCCGAACUAUACCCGAACUUCUACAUAUCUACAGGAAAACGAACGUACUUUUUAUACAACUUGUAAUUACCCCUCGGGUUUGUAAUAAAAAAUAUCA